AUUCGUAGUUGGACCGGCGCAGGUCUCUGAAGAAAAAAUAGAAUUCUUUUGCUGAAUGAUUAAUAAAAUAUUGCUUAAAAAUUGCAUAUUAAUUAAAUAAAAAUUAAAGAAAUUUGUGUGUUUAAAAUAAAAACAAGUGCUUUUAAAAUUUUAGCACUUUAUUCUGUAAUAAUUGUGAUAAAAUCUCUAAAGAAAUAUUAAAUUUUCAUAACAUUUUUAACAAGGGGUGUAAAGAGUGAAAAAAAUAAAUUUGCAAAUUCUAUUUUUUGCAUAUUUUGUACGUCAAAAUAUUUAAUGAAAUUUUAAACAAGUGCUAAAGAAAAAAGGCCAGAAAUUUUAAUAAAACUAAAGAAAAUGGAAGCUUUAAUUCCGGUGAUUAAUAAACUACAAGAUGUAUUCAAUACAGUUGGCUCCGAUUCCAUACAAUUACCGCAAAUUGUGGUCUUGGGCAGUCAGAGUUCUGGCAAAAGUUCCGUACUUGAAAGUUUGGUAGGACGUUCAUUUUUGCCACGAGGAACUGGUAUUGUUACACGUCGACCACUAAUUUUACAACUUAUACAUUGUCCAUUAGAUGAUCGCACCAAUCGUUCAGCUGAAAAUGGCACCAUGAACUUAGAAGAAUGGGGUAAAUUUUUACAUACCAAAAAGAUAUUUACCGAUUUCGAUCAAAUACGCACAGAAAUUGAAGAAGAAACUGAUCGUAUUGCUGGCAGCAAUAAAGGCAUUUGUUCGGAAGCUAUUAAUUUGAAAAUAUUCUCUACACGUGUGGUAAAUCUAACACUAGUCGAUUUACCGGGUAUAACGAAAGUCCCAGUGGGUGAUCAACCCGAAGAUAUUGAACAACAGAUCAAAGAUUUGGUCUUAAAAUACAUAGAGAAUCCCAAUUCCAUAAUAUUGGCUGUAACAGCGGCCAAUACGGACAUGGCAACAAGUGAAGCCUUAAAAUUGGCUAAAGAUGUGGAUCCAGAUGGUCGUCGUACUUUGGCGGUGGUGACCAAAUUGGAUUUGAUGGAUGCUGGCACAGAUGCGAUUGAUAUAUUAUGCGGUCGUGUUAUACCCGUUAAAUUGGGUAUUAUUGGUGUAAUGAAUCGUUCGCAACAGGACAUUAAGGAUAACAAAGAUAUUGAGGAGCAGUUAAAGGAUGAGGCUGCUUUUCUACAACGCAAAUAUCCCACUUUAGCAACACGCAAUGGCACACCUUAUUUGGCUAAAACACUCAAUCGUCUUCUCAUGCAUCAUAUUAGGGAUUGUCUGCCCGAUCUUAAGACUCGUGUUAAUGUCAUGUCCUCACAAUUCCAAUCACUUUUGCACUCGUACGGUGAAGAUGUUUCGGAUAAAAGUCAAACCCUUUUGCAAAUUAUAACUAAAUUUGCCAGCGCUUAUUGCUCCACCAUUGAGGGCACAGCACGUAAUAUUGAGACCACUGAACUGUGUGGUGGUGCUCGCAUUUGUUAUAUUUUCCAUGAAACCUUCGGACGCACACUCGAUUCUAUACAUCCUCUGUCGGGCCUUAGUAAAAUGGAUAUACUAACGGCCAUACGUAAUGCUACUGGACCCAGACCGGCACUGUUCGUGCCCGAAGUCUCUUUCGAACUGCUAGUCAAAAGACAAAUACGAAGGUUAGAGGAACCUUCUUUACGUUGUGUCGAAUUGAUACAUGAAGAAAUGCAGCGUAUAGUGCAACACUGUGGCAAUGAAGUGCAACAGGAAAUGUUGAGAUUCCCUAAACUGCACGAGAAAAUUGUGGAUGUGGUAACCACUCUGUUGCGUCGUCGCUUACCAGCCACUAAUGUCAUGGUUGAGAAUUUAGUGGCCAUCGAAUUGGCCUAUAUCAAUACCAAACAUCCAGAUUUUCAUAAAGAUGCCGCCUUAGUGCCUAGUCUCUUAAAGGCCGAUAAUAUUAUGGACCCUUAUGGUCAUCAACAGCAAAGACGUUCGAAUACUCCCAGAGCGGUAAAUUCCUCACCCCAAGUAAUGGCACAACAGCAACAACAACAAAGAGAACAACAGCAACAACAACAGCAGCAACAAAAUAACUUGGAACAAAAUCAUGUCAACGAAAACUCAACACCCUCACAUCCCAAUAACUGGCUAUCGAAUAUUUUACCUCCAGCCCCUACAAAUAACCGUAUUGAAAGUAUUGAAAACUCUAAUCAAAAUACUCCACUACACAAUGCUAUGGUCAGUCCAGUUAAACCGGUUAAUCUUUUACCCGAUUUACCGGUGCAUCAAAACUCCAGGCGUUUAACUGAUAAAGAACAAAAGGAUUGUGAUGUUAUUGAACGUUUGAUUAAAUCAUAUUUCUAUAUUGUGCGAAAAUCCAUACAAGAUUCUGUACCAAAGGCCAUUAUGCAUUUUCUAGUUAAUUAUGUUAAGGAUAAUUUACAAAGUGAAUUAGUAACACAUUUGUAUAAAUCGGAAAAAGUCGAUACUUUACUCAACGAAUCGGAUCACAUUGCCGUACGUCGAAAAGAAGCUGGUGAUAUGUUGAAGGCCUUAACUCGUGCCAAUCAUAUUAUUAGCGAAAUACGUGAAACCCACAUGUGGUAGAGAUACAAUUUUACGCAUUCACUUCGUACAAUUUCAUAAGAAAAUAAAUAUCAUCAAUAAAAAAAUACUACAAUAACUACUACAUAAUUGUUCGAAAGUUAAUAUCUUGACGUAGGAGUUCAAAGGACGGAUAAUGUUAUUAUUGUUGUUCUUAUUUUAAACUUGUCUUAAUAUUUUAAUGAAACUUUAAAAACGUUGACGUUUAGUUUCAUUAUACAUACAUUUAUUUUGCUUUUAAUUUUCUUUCUUUUUUUAUUAUUUAUGAAAACAUCCAUAUAUUUGUCUAUUUCAUUAAAUUAAAUAAUUCAUUUAUACACUCUUCAACAGAUACUCUUUAAAACAAAAA